AUGAUUUAUUCACUCUUUCAGGUUGCUAGUCCUGAGGAUAUUUCAAGUAGAUAUGCUACAGAUCCCAUAUAUUUCCGAAGAUGGUUCUUUGCCGAUUACAAUUUUACAGUUGUAACACUCUGGUCCCCAUUUUUGGUGAGAGCCAGCGAUUUUCACACCAACCUCACGAACCUGUAUCUAGAUAAGGCAGAAGAAUCGUGGACUGGUGAGGUUGUAAACUUCGAUUUUGUCAUUAUCUCAGCUGGCCAGUGGUUCUUUCGGCCAGCAUUGUUCUAUGAAAAAGGACAGAUUGUAGGGUGCCACAAGUGUGAAAAAAGCAAUAUCAUAGACCUUACUCACUACUAUGGAUACAGAAAAGCAUUCCGAACUGCACUCAGAACUAUCCUAAACCUCAAAGGUUACAAGGGGUUGACAUUUCUGAGAACAUUCUCUCCUGCACACUUUGAGAAUGUUGAGUGGAACAAAGGAGGGAGUUGUGAGAGGACAAAGCCUUACAGCAAGGAGGAAAUGAAGUUUGAUGGGUUCAUUUUUGAGACAUAUAAGGUUCAAGUGGAGGAGUUCAGAGCAGCGAAAAAGAAAGCAAGGAAGAGGGGUUUGAAGUUUUUGUUGAUGAACACAACUGAAAUUAUGCUGCGUAGGCCUGAUGGGCAUCCCAAUAACCAUGUCUGGGGACAUACAAUGAACCUUACUGUGAAAUAUAAUGACUGUGUUCAUUGGUGCUUGCCAGGCCCUAUUGACACAUGGAAUGAGUUUUUGUUCUACAUGUUGAAAAGUCAGAAAUCUUUUAUUUCAUCCUUACAGAGAUUUGUGUAG